AUGGUUACUGCUAGACAAUGGCUAGUUAAGCGCGUUCCAGAUCCAACUAAGGGGUUUAUCUUUGAUUUUGAUGGACCUGAUUCAACUUUUGAUUUAGUGGAUAAGGAAUUGAAUGUUGAUCAACUGAAAGAGGGUGAGUUUCUAGUGCAGACCCUGUACUUGUCGAACGACCCUGCUCAAAAGUUUUGGAUCGCGUCAAUUGAUAGUAAUUAUUCGCUUGGCAGUCAGAAAGGCGAUGUUGUGCCAAGCAGAAAUAUUGCAAAGGUUUUGGCAUCUAGAAAUAGUGACGUGAAGGUAGGUGAUUUAAUUACAGAUAACAUUGGGUGGACCACGCAUGCAAUUCUGAACAAGAAUAGUGCCUACAGAAAGUUAUCCUGCGAAGCUGUCGAUGAAACAUGGUGGCAUCUAUCCGUUUUAGGCUCGACAGCUUUAACAGCUUAUUUUAUUUUCUAUGAUAUUCUUGAGUUACAAAAACGGGAGAGUGACUAUGGCAAAGUGUUUUUGAUUUCUGGGGCUGCUGGAGCAGUGGGAUCGAUCUCUAUUCAACUGGCGCAAAACGUGUUUAAAGCAUCCAAGAUAUUUGCAAUUGUUGGUGGUUCAGAAAAGGUAAAAUAUGUUGAGUCUUUUGGUGAAAAGGUGAUUGGUGUUGACUACAAGGACGAAAACUUCAAAGAAAACCUUUUAGCUGCUGUAGGUGUAAAUACAGUGGAUUACUUCAUCGAUAAUGUUGGUGGUGAAAUAUUAGAUAUUGGUAUCGACUUGCUUAAACGCCGUGGUACAGCCGCUGCAUGUGGAGCUAUCAGCGGUUACAACGAUUCCUCAAAGAUCGUGCUAAAGAACUACAUACCUAUAAUUACUAAGGGGUUAACGCUACGCGGUAUUAUACUGACCGACUAUCGUAAUGAAUUCCCCGGUGCUAUUGAAGAACUCCUUCAAUUAGUUAAAGCUGGUGAUAUCGACGUUUCCAAAUCUGCCACUAUCAAAGAUGCUACAGGAGAUAAGUUUAAGGAAGUUCCAUUGAUUUGGAACGGGUUGUUCCGUGGUAUUAAUAAAGGUAAAUUGAUUACCCGGGUCAGUGAAGAAUAG